AUGCCGCUGCAUCCGCAUCCCCUGUUACGUGCUACUCCUCUUCCUCUCCUGUAUCAACGACUAGAGCGAGGGCCAUGUAGUGGCAGUGGUAGUCUGUGGAUACUCUGGUGGCUGCCGCUUCAGCGACGCUGCGAAGCGCACGUGAGGGUGCAGAGACGCGCCUUUGCCACCUGCUACAUGCAACGUUCGUGGUCCUCGCUGGCGCCGCCGUCGUCCUCACCAUCGCUGCUAUCUGCAACGGUGCAGGCAACGGGUGUCGUGACGCGCCUUGGUCCGAGCGAACGCCUCCCUGGUCUGCGCGGCGUGUUCCUCACAGAGCCAAUAAAGAAGUUUCACCCCAUCGAGGUACUGCCCACCGCUGUCUCUGCCGCCGCGUCCACUACGACUGCCGCUACAGUUGGCGGCAGCGCAGAGCAGUCUAACGUUCCUCGCAACCCGGCAUCCGAAUUUUCCACCCAGGCCCCACCGCUCGUGCUGAACUUGGCCUUUGCGCCUCGGCAUAGCAUCUCACUGCGCCGCUUUCUGGCCCUUCGGCACAUGUUCAGCACAUCUGCCUAUCUGCACGUCGCGACAGAGGAUGGCUGGUACUUGGUUGCACCAAGUUCUGCGGCGCCGCUGUGCGACGACGUCCCUGGCCUGCAGGCGUGGUGCUGCCGCCAUCAUCACCGAUACCUCAAACAUCCCGCCCCCUUCCCUAGGGCGUCCACAUCGUCGUCCGGGCUGUCGUCGCGAGUUGCUCACCCCCGGAGGCGUACCGAAAUCGACAAGCUCGAGGCAGCACUGGACAAUGGCGAGGAGCUCAGCGAAAAACAGUUGCAGCGGCUGGCCGCACAGGAGAAGGCAUCCUUUGCGCAGAGACCAGAACACGAGGGGGAGGAUGGGGAGGACGACAACCCCGCUGUCGAUGAACCGCGCCAUCAAGCUAGUCGGGAGGGUGUCGCACCCGCCGAGGAAAUUCUCGGGGAGCGCACGGAUGGCGCGCCCGCACUUGCCUUUGGACUGCCGCCUCCGCUCCUGAGGACGUCGCCGCCGCUCAUCACCGAGGCACAUCUCUUCGAUAUUAAUGACGGUGUCGCGUGGCCACUGCCGCCGUCCGAUGACUUGGCUAACCACGAGUACUGGAAGGGCCAUCGGCAACGCAUGGCUCUCUACGAGAGCACCGGCGACGCGGACGCGGCCGUGCAGCGCGAGGCGCUCUUGGCGGCUCUCCGUGCAGAUCUGGAGAUUACGCAACGACUGUUGUCGGAGCAGGAGCUCUACGCCGCUGCCGAGGAGCUCUUUCAGACGUUGAAGCACAAGGCGAACGUGUCCCUGAACGUAGACGCUGAAACUGGCCUUCUCACGCUCGUCCCGCUGCGGGAUCUGCGCGCUGGCGAAGAGCUUCUUCUUCACUACGGCCGCGAGUGGUGGACUGGGCGACUGCUUUUCUCGUUACUCUUGUCCGUCUCGGACGCUGCGAUGCCGCAGAUCCGGUGGAUCGAGCAGCUAUUUGAGAGCGCAGUCGACGCGAAUGAGCCUUUCCCGCUGCUCAUUUCAGCACACGAGCAGCGCAAGCGGCUUCGGCGAGGCGGUGCAGGGAGUAAAACGGCUCGCAGAGGCUUCAACAGCAAGUCGCAGCAGCAGUCAACGUCGUCUGCAGCGCUGGCGCAGCCUCACCACAGCUAUGUGCCCACAUCUUCCACCACCACCACCACAGCGGGGCCUCUGGUAUCUCAGCCCAAGUCAGGCCGUGUCGUGCUGUACAACACUGUCACACGAAAGAGAGCGACCGACGCCGCCGUGCUCGCCUUCGCGGUUCGGCGGAGCUGCACUGAUCUGAACUUUUGGAAUCGACUUUUGCUCGGCGACGUGGCAAGCGGGCUCGAGCCGGUGUUUCACCUCUCCGAGCCGGACAGCGAGGUGCCCAUGCGAGUGCUGCGACACGCGCUGCUGGCGUCUCUUCGCGGUGUGACGGCGGUCACACAGAGCAGCGUUUCGUGUGAGGACCGGGGCGCACCGAUUGUGGCGCGCUCGGCCGUCACGAAUACCACCGCUGGUGCCGCCGAGCAGAACGUCCUACCACACAUGACUGCUGGCGCCUGCGGUGACGGUGAUGAUGACGAUGACGUUGUCUUCAGUGUCUAG